UCCCUCGGACACAGCGGAUCACCGACCCAUGGAAAGAGCCGAAGAUGUUGGCUCAUUCAUGUGAUCAGCUGUGUCCAAUCACAGCUGAUCACUGAUCAUCAGAGCACUGAUGAUCAGUGUGCCCUGAUGAUCAGUGUAGCCCCAGCAGUGCCAGCUGUCAGUGUCCAUCAUUGCCAGCUGUCAGUGCUCAUCAGUGCCAUGUGCCAGUGCCCAUCAAUGCCACAUAUCAGUGCCUUCCAGUACACAUUAAUGCCACAUAUCAGUUCCCAUCUGAGCUGCCUUUCAUUGUCACCCAUCAGUGCCAAUCAGUGGCACCUAUCAGUGCUGCCAAUCAGUGCCACCUAUCAGUGCCAGUCAGUGCCACCUAUCAGUGCCAGUCAG